GAAAUGCAGUGCCCAAGCAACUGCACGUGAUGCGUGCCGGGGAAGGCGACCGGGAACGCGCCGCCUGAGGCUGCACCCGGUCUAAGGAGUCAAAGUGCGAGCCGCCCCUUCUCCCGAAUUUGUGCAGCCCCAGCGGGCGGUGGUCUGGCAUGCCCAGCAUCAGUCUGAAGGGGGUCCGGUGCCAGAAGGGUUAAAAUAAGCGACUCGCCCACUUCCCGCCUCCCUGCGACGUCCUUCCCGCCAGCGAUGGGCAGCCGCGAUCACCUGUUCAAAGUGCUGGUGGUGGGGGACGCCGCAGUGGGCAAGACAUCCCUGGUGCAGCGCUAUUCCCAGGACAGCUUCAGCAGACACUACAAGUCCACGGUGGGAGUGGAUUUUGCUCUGAAGGUGCUUCAGUGGUCUGACUCAGAGAUGGUGCGGCUGCAGCUGUGGGACAUUGCAGGGCAGGAGCGCUUCACCUCUAUGACACGACUAUACUAUAGGGAUGCGUCGGCCUGUGUUAUUAUGUUUGAUGUUACCAAUGCUACAACCUUCAGCAAUAGCCAGAGAUGGAAACAGGACCUGGACAGCAAGCUCACACUGCCUAAUGGAGAGCCUGUACCCUGCCUGCUCUUGGCCAACAAGUGUGAUCUAUCCCCUUGGGCAGUCAGCCGAGACCAAGUUGACCGGUUCAGUAAAGAGAAUGGUUUCACAGGGUGGACAGAAACAUCAGUCAAGGAGAACAAAAAUAUUAAUGAAGCCAUGAGAGUCCUCAUAGAAAAGAUGAUGAGCAAUUCCAGAGAAGAUAUGUCUCUGUCCUCCCAAGGGGACUACAUCAACUUACAAACUAAGUCCUCCUCCAGCUGGGCCUGCUGCUAGCUGUGUUUGGCUUGUUUACCCUCCCAGUUCUAGGAGGUCUUUCCAUCUCUUCCCUUUGGUUGCCUUCCUGGUAAUUUUAUAAAGUUCACUUGAAUUGUCUCCUGCCGACUGUCCAGUAAGGAGGCCCACCACCAAGGAAAAACACCCAGGACCUGUGUGCGUUUCUGCAUUGCUUACAAGUUGGCUCUUAGUUGCUGCUGGCUCAUGGGGCCCAGUGAGUGCCUUAUAUGUAAGAAAGAUCACCUUAUCCCUCGGUUUACCAUCUGGGAUUUUGUGGGAAGAAUUAGAAAUCAGCAUCUAUGUUUUGAAUGAUCAUAAUUCUCAUCUACUUUUGAGUUUAUUUUCCCAGGUGAUGUGUGUUGAUAUCUCAGUCUGAUACAACUUCAGAUUUCAAGGAAAAUGAGGCCAGAGGUCAUUUCCCAAAUUCCUUGUACGUUAUCAAUGUCAGAUUCUUUCUGUCCUGGACUCUGAAUUUAAAUAUAUGGUUCUGAGGUGCAGAAGGAGUGGGGAUGGAUACCUAUAGGUUUGGGGCUACUGGAAGUAACCCAAAGUCAACGUAUUUUUUGAAGUUUCUAGAGUCAUAAUUUAACUUUCUCUUGGCUUCAAGACUAGUCAAGCUUUGAAAGCACAGCCAAAUGAUGUCACUUGCAGCAUUAUGCAUUAAGACAUAAAGAAAUUUAUUCUCAUAUUAGGGCUUAGUGUCUCCCUGCCAGUGUGGUGGGGGCAGAAUUUUCAGGUUUCUGGGUUAAUGUCUAGAUGCUGGAGUGACAUCAGUUAGCUGUUGGCCUGGAAUGGAUCUGCCCCUCACAGCUCUGGGAAUCUGAAUGGAAGAGAGAGUGGUUCAUAGAACAAAUCCUUUGGGGCAACUUGCUUAUCAGCAUCCUGGGUGGCUAGCACUUAACAGCCAUAGGAAACCAAUAUUAUGUAGAGACCUUUGCCAGGUGGUGGAAGAGUGGAUAAAUAGAAAAUCAUUAGGUAAUUUAAGUGCUAAAUUGGGUAGAGUUUUUAGUAUCAAAUCACUUCUAGACAGUUUACUUUGUUAAAUGUUCAUAGGAGGGUGAUUUAUAACCUACCCGAUGUUAUGAAUAUUCUUAGUGAACUCAGAGGCCUGGAGUUCUUUGAAAGACAACUUACCUAAAAAAGUGUCCUAGGUCAGUGGUUCCCAAAUGUGAUCAGAACCAACUGAGGAGUUUGUUAAAAUUUUUAAAGUAGAAGAUUUUAAGGUUUCUAGGUCCCAACCUCAAAGCUACUGAACCAAAAUUUCCAGGGGUGAAUGAAGCCUGGGAAUUUUUUGUUGUUAUUUUUCAAAGCUUCCCAGAUGAUUCUGAUCAGCCUGGUGUGGGAACCGUUGCUGGAGAAAACUUGGUAAAGUUGCAGAGGCCCAGGCCUCCCCUGUUGAAUGAUCCUGGGCUUCUGUAUGCUCUGCGGGGUCUUCGGGUGGUUCUGCACACCAGGCUUUGAAAAACACUGUCCUAACAGACCAAAGACCAAGUAGCAGAGAAAGGAUGGGGGCCAAGUCUUCAGUGUUCGUUUGUUUUUAAUGCCAAUUAUUAUUAUAAUAUUUACAGUCUUUUGAGACCUUGAAGUCUCUUUUGUAUUACCCUUUUCAGGUAGGGUUUUUAUUACAAUCAUUUUGAAGAUAAUGGAGUAAAAAAAUUACCUUUAUGUGAAGAGAAGUUUGAUUUAUUUGCUGGUUUGAACCCCUGAAAAACCACAAUAAAUGCAAAAUAAGUCUUG